CAGUUGUCUCCCUUCGCUUCGCUACACAGACCACUGCCAUCACAAGUUUUUUAAAUAUCCAAUUUUGGAUAAAAAUUAAUUCAGAAAAAUUAUUUUGAUUGUAAUAUAUUUUUAUAUAUAUAUAAUAAAAUGAUAACUUGUCGCUAAAAGAUUUUUGAAAUUUAAUGAAAAAAAAAAAAAAAUAUCGAAAAUCGUCCCGCGUGCGCUUGCUCUGGCCGUCUGGGACGCUGGAACCGACAGUCAUGGCACGUUGUAAAGUUAGGAAGAAACUUGAUUGUGCGAUAUUUGCGGAUUCUGUUCCCAGACCAUCCACUCUCAGACCUGUCAAGAGACUCUGAGUAAUUUAUCAAAUACAAAGAAAUGGUGUAGUACAAGCUUUGGACUUCUUUUCAGCGGAUAUGAUCGACCAUAAAUGUAACUAAAAGUAAUAUGAAUGUAGGAACAAGAAUGCUUGCAAUCCAUAAAGCUGUGGAACAUUUUGAUCCAAAAUUAAAGGCAAAACCAAAACAAGUUGAAUGCUGGGAGCACGUUCUUGCAGGGAAGCAUGUGAUCGUGACCCUACCAGUUGGUUAUGGCAAAAGUCUGAUUUAUCAAGUUUUACCAGACUUAAUACGGGAUGUCGGAAAGUAUGAAAAGCCAGUUGUCAUAGUUAUAUCACCACUUAAUAUUAUUCAGAGUGAACAGAUGGAUGUGUUGAAACGGCACAAUAUUAGUUCAUGCAAACUGUCAUAUUUCGACGAAGAUGGUCAUUCUGAAAUAGAACAAAGAGAAUUCAUUCAGGGUAUAAGAAAUGGUGAAUUUUCAAUUGUUUUUGCUCACCCAGAAGCACUAUUGAACACAAACUCUGGAAAAGACCUUUUGAUUGAUUCUGUGUUUCUGGAAAAUGUUGCUGCAGUUGUUAUUGAUGAGUGCCAUAUUGUUGAAGAAUGGGGACAAGAAUUUCGAACAGCAUUUAGCAAAUUGAGAACCCUUCCUGCAAUAUUUGAGAACAUACCAUUCCUUGCAUUAAGUGGAACAUUAACCAGAAAACAAAUGAAAAAACUUCCGGAAUUGCUGAGCUUGAAAAAUCCAGUCAUAGUUCAAGACAGUCCUGAUCGUAGCAAUAUUUUUUUAGAAAAAGUCGUCAAAAUUAAAAGUACAGAUUCAAUGGAAAUUUAUGAAGAUAUUUUUAAAAAGGAAUGUGAAAGUCUUCAUAGAUCCCCAACUACAUACCCAAUUACAUUAAUGUUUAUGCCCCUAUAUUACAUUAGUAUAUCUGCAGCUUAUCUUAAGCACCUGUUUGGGACAGUUGACAUUACAACCUCCAGCUAUGCAGUACUAUAUUCAAGGCAAGACAAGACUGUUAUACAAACUACCAUUGAAGACCUUAGAUCAGAAAAGCCACGAAUAAGACUUGUGCUUACAUCUUCUGUUGCUGGUAUGGGAUUUGAUCCCCCAAGUGUUGAAAGGGUAAUUCAUGCUAGACCCCCUCGGAAUAUGUCCCAGUAUCUACAGGAAAUAGGCAGAGCAGGUAGAAGAGGUCAGAAAAGUAAAGCAAUUCUUUAUUAUAACAAUAGAGAUGUAGCAAAGAACAUUCCAGGAAUUCAGGAAGAUAUACUUGAGUAUUGCAAAAAUAACAAUAAAUGUCUUCGUGAAAUGCUUCUUGCGCCAUUUGGUUUCACAAAGUCAGACAAGAAAGAGAGUUGUUGUUCUUUCUGUUCUGGGAAAAACUGGUCACAAAUCACAAAACCCGUCCUUGAUGAAGCUGGAAAUGGAAGUGAUCUUGGUAUUGUGUCAGAGCUGAAAAACAAUCCAAUCAUUAAAGUGACUGGAGAUAAUUUGGAUAUUUAUGUUAGAACUGAUCACAAAUCAUUAGAUAAACACAAAAAAGAUCUUCACUUGUUUGCAUCGAACAUAAUCUUCAGCAGAAUUGCCCAACCACAUAUGUACAGUCUUCGUGAAAACAGUAUUCCUCUAUCAAAUCUAACUUCAGAUUUAUUCCUGCCACAUGGACACUACACUGAAACACUUAUGAGCAGCUAA